AUGGCCAGAGAGUUCAGAGCUGACGUGGCAGGCCCACGAAUGCCGACAGCGGGACAUGCAGGCGGCAUUUGCGAGUCGUUCCAUGUAGAGCAUUCACGGGGCGAAGUCCAGAGCGCCUUCGCCGAGCUGGCUGCCCUGCAGUCAGGAGCGAAGCCGUCGGUCGAGGCAGCGCUGGCGAGCCUGGAGGAGCAGCGCCUCCAGCACGGCCAUGCAGAGGAGGAGCUUUGGGCACAUCUCCAGGCCCACGAAUGCCGACAGCGGGACAUGCAGGGCGAAGUCCAGAGCGCCUUCGCCGAGCUGGCUGCCCUGCAGUCAGGAGCGAAGCCGUCGGUCGAGGCAGCGCUGGCGAGCUUGGAGGAGCAGCGCCUCCAGCACGGCCAUGCAGAGGAGGAGCUUUGGGCACAUCUCCAGGCCCACGAAUGCCGACAGCGGGACAUGCAGGGCGAAGUCCAGAGCGCCUUCGCCGAGCUGGCUGCCCUGCAGUCAGGAGCGAAGCCGUCGGUCGAGGCAGCGCUAUCUGCCACAGCAAAGUCGGACGAGAUGGAGGCCAAGGUACAGUUCUUUGAGCAAGUGGGCCGUGCGUCCGAGGAGCUGCAGAAAGGCUUUGCCGAGCUGCGGAUGUCCUUCGGUGAGGUGUCAGAGGCUGACCAACGUCCUUCUCAGCAGAUCCAAUCUGAGCAGCUUGCCCAGACCGAGGCUUCACUGGUCGCACUUCGGGGCACCUUGUCCUUAGAGCUCGCAGAGGUCAAGCGCAUGCUGGCGGAAGAGAUGGCUUCCCAGGCGCGAGAUUUCUCGGAGCAGCUGGCACAGGGCAGAACUACCACCGUGGUUGAGAUUGAGACCGUCAGGGGCCAGCUGAUCGAAACAGUCGAGGACAGCAUCGAUCUGCGCAGGCAGCUGCUUGAGCUCUGCCGCAGCCACAUGCAACCACGGGCAGAGGGCGAACCCAUCACUGCUUCGAGCUUUCUGGUGUCAGAGGCACAGCAACACCUGCCCACAGAAGGCGCAGAUUGGGCAGCUCAAUUGAAGACGCUCUGGUCACGGUGUGAAGGACUGGCAGAAGAAGUGCGUCGGGUCGCCGACCGCCAGACUGCUGCGGAGCAGAGCACAUCACGUGGGCUUACGACAAUGCAGCAGGCAGUCGAAGGUUUGUCCAUCCGCUUGGGGGAGGUGUCUGCACCGCGCGACUCUGCCAUCUUCGGGCAGAGGCUGUUUGUAAACCAAGCGAACCUGGGCAGUGAGCCGGAGCCGUUUCGCAAAAUGCAGCAGAAAAGAAAGACACCACGUUGCUCCUGCCCUGCCAUGAAGGGGUGUUGGAAAUGGAACUGGAAAAGAGAUGUCAAUGUGGCGAUGGCUCGUGGCAUGCCUCCCGGCCAAGUGCACUUCUACACCUUUUCGGAUACGAUCCCACAUCCCGGCCUGUGCGUCUUGGCGGAAGCAGCUUCCGAGCUGGGCGGGGUCCUCCGCGUCAUGGGCCUCAGCAAGAGGCCUGGAUACAUCUUGAUCCACAGCCACUCCCCCACUUUGAAGUUCCUCAUGCUGCAGGAGGUUUUGGAGUACGAGGUCAGCAAGAGGCGCAUUGCCUCCGAUGACCUCGUUAUCUUCGCAGACGGCCAUGACGUGUUGCUACAGCAGCCACUGGCUGACAUCGUGGCGGCCUACAGCCGCUGGCCGGGUUCGCCGUAUCUCAUCUCCGGCGAGCGGAACUGCUGGCCCUGGCCGCACACAGAUCCAUCUCAUGGAGCUUGGGAUUUGACAGAUCGGGCCAGCUUCGGAAACGUCUCGUGGACCGUCAACCGCUGGAUCAAGUUCGCGCCACAGGACUUCUGUCGGAUGAUCAGGGCUGACGGCCCUUACCCGUUUCCAAACAUUGGCCUUUCCAUGGGACCUGUGUCGAGAGUGAUCGAGGUGCUGCGCAGGAAUAACAAGAUCGUGCUGGAAGAAGAUGUAAAUGAUCAAGGCGCAAUGUGGCUGGUCAUCAUGCGACAUGCACUAGAGCUGAACAUUCAGAUUGACCAACAUGCUGAGGUCUUCAUGAGCAUGCUGCAAUACAAAGCUGGAGAACUUGAGCGAGAACCCUGUGGCCACGGAUGGUUUCGAGGUCCUGGAGCAAGGGGGACACCAAAGAACGUGCUGACCAACACUACACCCGGUCUGCUCCAUUUCAACGGCCCCUCCCACGAGGACGACGUGUGGCCCACCUGUUUCCAUACGAUGAAUACGCAGUCCUGGGCCCGGCACAACCCGCUUUUGGCCACUUCGAAGAGUUAA